UUGUAAAGGGGGCGGAGCAAAGAUUUGUCCACCUGACAGUCAGAGCCCAGGGAGAAGCUGCAUCAGUACCUGAGGAAUAUCUUUACUCUCUGUCAGCAAAUAUCAAGCAGCUGUUAUUAAAGAAUUGGAAGAUUACGUUGAUCUAAGAAGGCAAGCAAAACGUCCACAGUGCCAACAAAAUGCAGAAACAAGUGGAAGUCAGGAUGGACGAGAGUCACCUGGAGCCCCCGGUCGACACGGGCGACAGCCUGUGCAGCAGCUUUUGCAAUAAAGUCAUGAACAACAUGGUUCUGACGCUCACCAUCCUGGGUGUGUUUCUAGGGUCCAUUGCUGGAAUGCUGCUGCGACACAUAUCACCGCUGCAUCCAGAUGUCAUUUUGAUCAUCAGCUUUCCUGGAGAAAUCCUGAUGAGGAUGCUGAAGAUGCUCAUUUUGCCUCUUGUUGUUUCAAGUCUGGUGACAGGACUGGCAGGCUUGGAUGCUAAAUCAAGUGGUCGUUUGGGCACCAGAGCGAUGGUUUACUACAUGACAACAACAGUGAUAGCAGCCGUCCUGGGAGUGAUACUGGUGCUGCUCAUCCAUCCUGGGAACCCCAAGCUGAGGGCAAAUCUGGGACAGGGGAAGAAGAAUGAUGAGGUGUCCAGUGUGGAUGCUUUCUUUGAUUUAAUCCGAAAUCUUUUCCCGGAAAACUUGGUCCAGGCCUGCUUCCAACAGAUACAAACAGUAACCACAAAAGUACAGGUGCCCACAAAUAGAACCAAAGCGCCUCCGCAGUUCACUGUGAAGAGGUCUCUUCAGUUCAAGAGUGGGAUGAACGUCCUGGGGCUGAUUGGAUUCUUUGUUGCCUUUGGCGUCAUCAUGGGGAAAAUGGGAGAGAAGGCCAAGCUGAUGUUGGAGUUCUUCAACGUGCUGAAUGAAAUUGUGAUGCGGCUUGUUAGCGCAAUUAUGUGGUACUCUCCUGUGGGUAUCGCCUGCCUCAUCUGUGGCAAAAUCAUCUCCAUCGCUGACCUAGAAGUGGUUGCGAGGCAGCUCGGGAUGUACAUGGUUACCGUGAUAGUGGGUCUCAUUAUCCACGGUGGGAUCUUUCUUCCGGUCAUAUACUUUGUGAUAGUGAAGGAAAAUCCCUUCAAGUUCUUCAUGGGGAUCUUCCAGGCCUGGGUCACAGCACUUGGAACAGCAUCCAGUGCUGGAACUUUGCCCGUAACUUUCCGGUGCUUGGAAGAGAACUUGGGGAUCGACAAGAGAGUCACACGCUUUGUCCUUCCUGUGGGAGCAACCAUCAACAUGGAUGGCACUGCGCUUUACGAGGCCGUGGCGGCCAUCUUUAUUGCCCAGAUGAACGGAAUUGACCUGGACUGGGGCCAGAUCAUAACUGUCAGUGCGACGGCCACGCUGGCCAGUGUCGGGGCUGCCAGCAUCCCCAGUGCCGGACUGGUGACCAUGCUGCUGAUCCUAACAGCAGUGGGUCUGCCCACUCAGGACAUCAGCCUGCUGGUGGCUGUCGACUGGCUGCUGGAUCGUUUCCGCACGUCUGUCAAUGUAGUCGGGGAUUCGUACGGAGCGGGAAUCGUUUACCAUCUCUCCAAAGACGAGCUGGACUCGUUUGACGCCCAACAGACGCGGAUGGAUGAAUUUGAGAUGUCAAAGUCACAGUCCUUCUAUGAGAAUAAAACCAACCAGAAUGUUUAUGCUCACCACAACUCAAUCUUGAUAGACGACUGCAAGGUCACCAUGGCCAAAAACGGCAAGACUGCCGAGUUCUCGCUUGUUGAGGAGGAACCAUGGAAGUGCGAGUAAAGCAGAUCCUGAUGCUGCUGCGCCUUAUCCUGAGUUCCACCUGCUUUUACUUUCUCUUCUCACACACAAUUCUACUUAUUUGAAGGCCACAGAAAAUAGAACAAAUGUAAAGUGGGCCACUGUUUUUGUUUCCUUUUGAAUUCAACUUUUUUUUUUUUCUGGUAACGGCUCAUCUGCUUGUCGUAGAUUUCUAAAAUGAACAGGUCGAACUGGCACUUUGUACAGAAGAAUGGAACACUCAGUCGAGAAGACUCAGGGCCUUAUGUGGUGCUUCUGUUUGCUAACGACGUGAUUCUUCUAACUUUUGCAACAUAACACUUUUUUUGUAUUGAAACGUUUUCUUUUUAGCGUCAUAUGCAAAUGCAUUCUGAACAUGGAUCAACAUGUGUUGAGGGUGGACCAAGAGUGAUGCCAAGAGACUGCUCUUGUGAUAAAGAGGCUGACAUGCGCCAACUUCAGUCAAACUGUCUUUCAUAUUGUCGACAAAGAUUCACAUAAAGAGUCACCUUGAAAAUAAAAGUAUUAAACAAAGACUAUCUCUGUACUCUCCUCCCCAUUUUUUUUGAAUAUGGGAUGAUUUUCCUUCAUUUUAAAUGCUUAUUAUUAUAAACCAUAAACUUGAACGGUGUAAUGACGCAAGAGCAAUAAUGAAAGACAGCUUGACCUUUGGCUUUUUGACUAAUGGGAUUACACCAUGAUGUCACUCCAGGGUCAAGACAAAGAUGCAAGCCUCUCUGGCUUAGAGGAGAGGGCGUAGCCUCUAUAUAUGGCAACAUACAACGUGGCUAAGAGACUUUAAGAUAUGUGUCGAUUUAGCAUUUUUCAUAGUAAACAUGUCUGCCUGUUUUUCUGAGUCAAUGGGAGCGAGAGGGGAAGGGAGUCGAUGAAUGUCAAAUAUGUGAAAGAAAGGACAACUCUCCAACUCCCCCAGAACUCUGUUUUUGUUUCAAAUUGUUUAUUUCUUUGCUUUAUGAUAACCUUGCCUUGAUGAUGUCAACUGCAGAGCGCAGUCACAGGGAUGACCAUCACCGUUUCAGACCAAAGCAAACAAUCAUUUAACGCAACAACCUGCAAGAGGACGGCUGGGCCCUCCUCUCCAGACCGGGUUUUGUGGAACACUGAAUCGUGGAAAUCUAACUCACUCUCCCGGUGGGUUUAAGCAAUCAGAGUAGGUUUGUUUGGCAAGCGCUUGUUGAACUCCUGGGACAUGCCAGACACACACUCACACUGAGGCGCAGCGUGUUGUAAAUGUUGCAGCCAUGUUGGAAACACCAGCAGCAUGAUUCACCAUAAUGGCCGCUUAACAGGCAAUUUUGGAGUCAAAACAUGACAGCUAGAGCCAGGGACAUCGCCCCCUGCUGUCACAGGGGCACAUGAAGGGCGUUUUAUUUAACUGAGCGUGCGUCAGAUCAACUUGGAUUUUGCUCUGUGGCUCAGCUUUUAUUCCCUAUUUUUCUAUCAAUGGAAUACAGACUAUUUAACUUGACACUUGCAUGUUCAAGUCUGUUUGCCGGGAACAAGAGAGCCAGGACAGAGAGACAAUAAUCGGGUGCUGGGAGUCCUUGCUACCUUUAAUGUUGUGUCUGUGUGUCCCAGUGUUGAAGGGCACCAAACGUGAGCUGAUAUCAACUCUGUGCAACCUCUCUUCACCAAUAGAUUUCACCGAUUAUAACCGAUUUAUCUUGUUAAAUAUAAGCAUCAGCUUAUGUUUUCAUGAUUAAAGUGCCUCCUUGCACUUUGUGUAUGUACUCUAUAGUGAAAAAAAAUGAAUAUAGCUGAAACGUUUUGACUCUUUUUGCUAUGGUUAAAUUUCUAUAACCUCUUGUGGUUGAAAUAGUGAUGAGUUAUACUUUAUUUUUCUGUGUCAAGAUUGUUAGAAUUCAUGAAAACUUAUACUUGAACUUGUUGAUACUGACAAUAUCAACUGGUUUUAUUAUAUUUUCACGUGAGAGUAGGUCAACUUAUUUGCGGCAAAGGACCAUGUGACCAAAUUCCACACUGUUCCUGGAAAUUUGACAUUGUUGUAUAUAUUUAGCUUGAAUUAAAAGACAUUUCAAAUACAUUUUAAGGUGCAGCAAUAAAAGCUCCAACAAUUGAGAUAGAAUUUUACAUAUUAAUACAUAAUGUUGACAGUGUUGUAUUUAAUCACCAAAAAAAAAUUAUAUAUUCAAAAAUGAAUCGCCACCACAUGAAAAUGGGAGACAAUGAUUAGCUUUGCAUUUUUUAAAAUGAUAAUAGUUCAUAGGUUAUUAUAUAUAUUUAUUUCAACUUUACUUGUUAACUCUGUGUUCAUGGUCCAGGAAUGAAUAUUAAUCUUUUGCUCAAUGAAAGUUGACUGUAUGAACGCAAGUCAAAGUAAAUCACACCAAGUAUUUGUCGACCAAUAAGACUUGAGUGUUUUAAUACGUGUGUGUAAAUAUCCAUGUAAAUUAAUAAAGAUUUAUGGUGA